CUUGACUACAUAUCUACUAUGUUCAUUUCUUGAGUCAUGAAAAUAAUCUAAUAUAUUCAUUUCAUGAGUUACGAAUAUAUCAUAUAUAGUCGUGGGAGCUUCGAGUCUGAAUUGAGCGAGUGUCGAUGUUACUUGCUGCAUGAGAAGCUGCUUUGUCACUUUCCACUUCUCAAAAACCUCUUGGGUUAGCUUACAGAUAAAUCCAGCCAUGUAGCAGCUGCUUUAUCCUCCCCUCCUCUUCCCCUAUAUAAUCCCCUAACACUCAUCAUCUGGUAACUCUCCAAGGCAAUUGAUUCCCCUAACAUACUCCCCACAUCUUCCACUUCCAAACUUCCUGGGUGGUUUUCUUCUUUCCCUUCCUUUUGAUUUCCUCUGCCUUCUCUUCUUUUUCUACUAGGUUUUCUUCUGCAAGUACUAACAUGAUCCAAGAGAGGUUGGGUGGGGUGGUGGAGGAGAAGAACAUCUCCCACCCCGGAGGCCUUCUGAUCGAUCACUCCUCCUCGUCUUCCCCCACUUCUUCUGUUUCCUCUCAGUCGCAGUCAUCAUCCUCAUCGUCGCUGUCGUCGGCCGCUUCGGAGCAGCAGCAGCAGCAGCAGAACAACCUCCGUUGUCCGCGGUGCGAUUCCACCAACACCAAGUUCUGCUACUACAACAACUACAACCUCGCCCAGCCGCGCCACUUCUGCAAGACCUGCCGCCGGUACUGGACCAAGGGUGGUGCGCUCCGCAACGUCCCCAUCGGCGGUGGCUGCCGCAAGAGUAAGGUGGCGCCCGCCAUCGCCCUGGCCGGGGGUUACGGUCGGUCAGGCGCCACCAAGACGAAGCCGGCGCCGUCGGACCUCUUCCUGAGGUCAAACCUGACCUCUGGUCUGGAUAACGAGCUGCCAUCCGGCCCGAUACUGUGCGCUCCCCCACAUACUUCCCACCUGAUGACCCUUUUCAGGUCCACCACCGUCCAAAACCCCAACCCUAACCUCAAUUCUGCAACCCAUAGGGCCUUGUUUGGUGCCACCACAGUGGCCGAGCAAGAAGGCACACUGCAUGCACACAGCCUGAGCUUGGACCCUUUAAGUCAUCUCGGUUUAUGUGCUUCACUGUGCAGGAACAACAACAGCUACUCAUACCAGCAACAGCCGCAGCAGCAGCAGCCUCAGCAAAACAACAACAUCACAGAUAUCCAAGAUCUGUGCCACAGGCUAAAAUCCUCGUCUAGUUGCUAUAACGAUCAGUUGCAGACAGUAGCGAACGACGUCGGCAGCUUCGAUCCUUCUUCUUGUUCCACUGCUGCUUCUGUGAUUACCGCGGCUGGCAUGGCCACGAGUUCUCCAACUCCUAUCAUGGAGCACAUCAGACACUCUCUCGGCGAAUUUGGUCACUGGAAUCAGGCUUUGGCGUGGCCCGAUUUGCCCACUCCUAAUGUCGCAUUCCACUAAGAGCAUCCAGUUUCUAUGAUUACAGAUAUGGGUCUAUGGUUCUACUGUAGUGGUUUAACGUGUGUGUUUAUGUUCUUCAGAAUGUAUUGUUCAUCAAGCUCGAUUAAGAAUCAGAUAGUAUGUUUACUUUC